AUGUCCUACGAAAUGUCCCACCUGGGCUCGCGGGCCUUCAACCACGACCAAAGCGGUGACUCCGAGGCCGAGUACGAUCGCCUCCGCGAUCUUGCGCGCCAGGAGGCCUCCAAGCGAGGCGAGUGCUUUCACCGGUCGAAGGAAGCCUACUCAAGCGGCGAUGGCGCCGGCGCAAAACAGCUUUCGGAAGAGGGCAAGUCCCACGGCCGCAAGAUGGAGCAAUACAACAAGCAAGCGUCCGAAUACAUUUUCCGUGAGAACAACGCCAAUGGCCGCGUAGCGGCGGACACAAUCGAUCUCCACGGUCAGUUCGUCGAAGAGGCGGAGGAGAUCCUGGAAGAGCGCAUUAAGUAUGCCAAGUCCCACGGACAAAGCCACCUCCAUGUCAUCGUUGGUAAGGGCAACCACUCUGCCGGCCAUGUCCAGAAGAUCAAGCCUCGCGUCGAACAAGUCUGCCAGGAACUCGGCCUGAAAUACGCCAUCGAGGAUAACGCCGGCCGUAUCUACGUCAACCUGACCGGUGGUGAGGCGGUCAUGCCCGACUACCCUUCGCACCAGGCACCACACCAGGGUGGCUCGCAUGGCGGGUACCCCGGCCAGCAGCAGGGACACCACCAGCAGCAACAGCACCAGCAACAGCCACAACAGCAGGACGAGGUGGAAAAGAUCGUCAAUGCGGUGUUGCCCAAGGUUAUGCGCAAGCUGGAGAAGGCGUGCUGUGUGGUGAUGUAA